GAACGUCAUAGAGCGAAGAGGACUGUAGUUCUCAUUUUCCACUCGGAUUUCGAUCAACGCCAAUCUGUUUCAACUAAUUUACGCGAAGUCAAAAGGAUAAUGAAUAUGAUCAAACUUAAAACGAACUAACCAAGAAUCGUAUCAUAAUUAAUUGCAAUAUAAAGCUAAUAUUGACAAAUCUGGAAAUCGACUGCUCUUUAAAAACUGUAUUUUUCUCAAUUUCUUAAAAAAAAAACAAUAAAAAAAAAAAUACAAGGAAUGGCUUCUGUGUGCGUUCUACUGUUUCUGCUCAUGUUGCCGUUCAGUGAAGAAAGGAACCACAUAGACACUUCCAGGAAAGACAAGACCAACUGGUUUAAAUACGUAACGAAGGAGGUCUACGAAUCGCCGACAGCCAAAAGAAAAAAAGAAUUCCCGUACGAGUAUGAGCCGUUCCUUCACUGGACUGGGAAUGCCUACAAGGACGAGAAAGUGACCGGAGGAAUCACCAACAGAAUCGACGGGUAUUUGGAGAGGGACGAGAGUCACGCGGCGCCGCAAGAUGUCAGCAUCCGAGACAGACCGCAGCACCUCUACAGCGCUGACAUCGAUUACGCAAACAUCUUGGCGACCCUCUUCGUGAAGCUCGUGGCGUCGACUGUCCUCACGACCUGGUUCCUGGCGGCCGGGGCCAUCCUCUACGGCCUGGCUGUUCUCACGGGCACCACGCAGGUCUUCGGGCAGGACUCUGUCAUCGGAUAUAUAUACAAGACGCUGCCCUUCGUCGAGGCCAUUCUCAGGGGGGAGUCUAGUUUCUCGAGGUGAACACUGAGAGAUUGGAAGAGAGAGUGAGGGAGAGAAAGAGAGAGAGAGAGAGAGAGAGAGAGAGAGAGAGAGAGAGAGAGAGAGAGAGAGAGAGAGAGAGAGAGAGAGAGAGAGAGAGAGAGAGAGAGAGAGAGAGAGAGAGAGAAUGAUCACAAAAUAAGAAUUAAUAUCGGUAAUCGUUAUAGGUUACCAAUUCACUGAAGUUUAUAUAGUUUAUAACUAUGCUGUUUAAUAUAUUGUGUCAUUGUUUUGUUGUAACUUAUCGCUG